CAUCAAAUUCACGCGACAGAGCUCAGAGAGGACCCGAAAGGUUUACACUUCGACAUGGAUUCAAAGAAACACCGCAGAAUCAGAUCUAAUUCACGUUCCCGGUACCGGUCCAAUACCUCUCGGAGUAGAAGUCGUUCCCCCGAAGGAAAGAGGGGCAGAAGUUGUUCGAGGGAAAAGAAAUAUUGCAAAAGGGCCUCAAAAAGAUCGCGAUCCGAGAGCAGUGGCUCGCGGAGUAGUUCGGUUUCUGGGACGGAGCACCGGUCCAGAGACAGAAAACCUACUUCUGCUGAGCGGCACCAGUACCAUUCGAAAAGUGACUCUGGUGGUUCCGAGAGAAGGGUCCGGAAACAAGGGGGGCAACGGUUGAAAGAGCGAGGGCCCUCUAAAUAUCGAUCCAGUUCUGAAUCGGAAGAUGAACAGGGGGAAAAAAAGAAGAACAAGAAAAAGAAGAGGCAAAGAGAUGAGAAACGGGGCGGGAAGGGGAGGGGGGAGAGCCGGAGCCCUUCCCGCUCGCCCUCGGAAUCCAGCCCGGAGAGAGGGAAGGGGAGGGCGCGGGACGGAGAGAGCAGCGACGGAGGGAGGAAGAAGAAGAGCAGCGUGCCCCGGGGGAGCCGGAGCCGGAGCCCCAGCGGGAGCCCCAGCAGGGAGAGACUGAGGAGGGAGGAGGGCUCGCAGGACAGGGGGCGGAGGAGGAGCGCCGAGAGGGCCAGGGGGCGGAGGAGCCGCGACCGCGAGGACAGGAGGCGGAGGAGGAGUCGAGACGGGGAGGGGAGAGGACGCGGGAGCAGAGAGCGGGAGCGGGGCGGGGAGCGGAGCAGGAGCCGGACCAGAGACCGCGAGCGGGACCGGGACCGGGACCGGGACCGGGGCGGGGAGACCAGCAGGAGGCGCUCCAGCUCGCGCUCCUCGGUCACGUCGCAGUCCUCCGAUUCGAGCGACGGGGGCGCCCGGGGGCGGGACGGCGGGCUCUCGGUCCGAGACGAGCAGAAGAAGAGGAAGGAGAUGCUGAAGGCCCUGGAGACGCCCGAGGAGAAGAGGGCCAGGCGGCUGGCCAAGAAGGAGGCCAAGGAGAGGAAGAAGAGGGAGAAGAUGGGCUGGAGCGAAGAGUACAUGGGCUACACCAACGCCGACAACCCCUUCGGGGACAACAACCUGCUGGGCACCUUCAAGUGGCAGAAGGCCCUGGAGAAGAAGGGGAUCGGGCACCUGGGAGAGAAGGACCUGAAGGAGAGGAACAAGCGCAUCCAGGAGGAGAACCGCAGGGAGCUGCAGAAGGUGAAGCAGCUGCGGCUGGAGAGGGAGAGGGAGAAGGCCAUGAGGGAGCAGGAGCUGGAGAUGCUGCAGAGGGAGAAGGAGGCGGAGCAUUUCAAAACAUGGGCGGAGCAAGAGGACAACUUUCACCUGCACCAGGCCAAACUGCGGUCUAAGAUCCGGAUCCGGGACGGGCGCGCCAAACCCAUCGACCUGCUGGCCAAGUACAUCAGCGCCGAGGACGACGACCUGGCCGUGGAGAUGCACGAGCCCUACACCUUCCUCAACGGCCUGACCGUCACCGACAUGGACGACCUGCUGGAGGACAUCAAGAUCUACAUGGAGCUGGAGCAGGGGAAGAACGUGGACUUCUGGAGGGACAUGACCACCAUCACCGAGGACGAGAUCAGCAAGCUCCGCAAGCUGGAGGCGUCGGGGAAAGGGCCAGGGGACCGGCGCGAGGGCAUCAACACCUCGGUGAGCACCGACGUGCAGACCGUGUUCAAGGGCAAGACGUACAGCCAGCUGCAGGCCAUGCACCUGAGCAUCGAGACCAAGAUCCGCGCCGGGGGAUCCAACCUGGACAUCGGCUACUGGGAGAGCCUGCUGCAGCAGGUGCGGGUCUACAUGGCCCGAGCGCGGCUGAGGGAGAGACACCAGGACGUCCUGCGGCAGAAGCUGUAUAAGCUGAAGCAGGAGCAGGGGGUGGAGAGCGAGCCCCUCUUCCCCAUCAUCAAGGAGGAGCCGGAAGCCGAGGAGCCUGUUACCGCUGCAGAGGAAGCGGACGCUGAGGAAGCAGGACCCUCCUCCUCCUCACCUGGUGGGGCCGCCAAGGGGCAGGAGGGGGAAGGCGAGGGAGGGAAGGGCGAGGAAGGAGAGAAGGGCGAGGAUGAGGAGGAGGGGGAGGCUGAAGGGGCGGAGGCGGUGCUGACGGAGGAGGACCUGAUCCAGCAGAGCCAGGCGGAGUACGACUCGGGCCGGUACAGCCCGCGCCUCCUCCUGCCCUCCGACCUGCCCCUGGACACCCACACCAUCGACCCCGAGGAGGACCGCACCCGGGUGCACCUGGCCCGCCGGCAGAUGCAGGUCACGGGCGACGCCAGCGAGAGCGCGGAGGACGCCUUCGUGCGGCGCGCGCGGGAGGGCAUGGGCGGCGACGAGGCGCAGUUCAGCGUGGAGCUGCCGCUCACCGGCAAGAUGUACCUGUGGGCCGACAAGUACCGGCCGCGCAAGCCGCGCUUCUUCAACCGCGUGCACACGGGCUUCGAGUGGAACAAGUACAACCAGACGCACUACGACUUCGACAACCCGCCGCCCAAGAUCGUGCAGGGCUACAAGUUCAACAUCUUCUACCCGGACCUGAUCGACAAGCGCUCCACGCCGCAGUACUUCCUGGAGCCCAGCCCGGACAACCGCGACUUCGGCGUCCUGCGCUUCCACGCGGGGCCCCCCUACGAGGACAUCGCCUUCAAGAUCGUCAACCGCGAGUGGGAGUACUCGCACCGCCACGGCUUCCGCUGCCAGUUCGCCAACGGCAUCUUCCAGCUGUGGUUCCACUUCAAGCGGUACCGCUACCGGCGGUGAGCGGGCCGAAGGCUGAGGGGGAAAUGGAGGCGGAGCCUCGGGGGGAUUCCAGGCCCCUCCCCCACCACGACCUUUGCUGAAGGGGGAAAUGGUGGACUCCAGGCUCCUCCCAUUCCAGCUUUUGACAGUUGGGGCUACUGGGGGAUCCCAAGCCUCUCCCUCCCUGUAUAGCAUUUGUUGGGGGGGGGGGGGGGGGGGGGGGGGGCUGGCAGAAUUAGGCCCCUCCCACCACAACCUUUGCUGAAGGGGAAUGGUGGAUUCCAGGCCCAUCGCAUUACAGCUUUGACUAGUGGGGGGCUGGUGGCCUCUUAAGCCCCUCCCACUACUAGUUUUAUGGGUCUAGUGCUCACAUGUGAUGACGCCAUCUUGGCUCUUAUCGGGUACCGUAUGACCCCAGUUGUAAGAACCACCACCAUUUUGAACAUGCUUAGAGAAGUAAAUUACUGCAAAGCUGUUUUCUUUUGUUCUAAAAACUCAGUUUUGUUUCUGUAAACUGUGUUUUUUCUCCUGUUUGUGUUACUUUCUGACUUCUCUUUUUUAAUGGUGCAUUUAUAGAUGUUAAAUAAACGGCUUUCCCUGCGUGGA